UGAGGUUUGGACCUCCCCGCCACAGUGCCGCCGCAAGAUGGCCGCCACGUGACGUCGUCGACGCUUUCGCUGCCGCCAACGUACCAUCGAAGAAGAAAAUGCGGAAGUUGCUCCAUGGAUCUACAAGAGACAAAGAGCGAGGAGGGUUUUGGGUGUGCAUCAACAAAAGCUUCGGAAUUGGAACAUUUGUACUGCUCGAAAGAACGAUGGCGUCGCACGAGGAGCAAAUUUGUCGAGCGAGAGAGGAGAACGUGCAACGUCAGCAUGACGACGACAUUUUCUUGGCGCCCAUCGUGUUGCACAUUCAAGACAUCCACCAACUGAUGGGUCGCCGAGAGGAAGUUCCACCUCAGCCGCAGGCGGCGAGCUCCAGUUUGGAACGGGAGCCUUCCCGGGCCCCUGACGUCAAAGAGGAAGAGGAGGAAGUGGAUGUCAGCCAGCUGCCAUUUAACAUCGUCGUGGUGAAGAGUGAGGACGACGAAGAGCACCCGUCCGAGUGGUCGCGGCUCGGCCUUCGCGGUCCAAGUGGAGAGCGUCGUGGAGACUCACCAGCAGACAAGCUCGCGCUUCCACUGUCACACCGCCAAGAACCUUUGAGGAGCAGCGCGGAUAGCCAAGGUCACGACAAACGCUCAAAAGGCUCCCAGGAGGAGACGGAUGACGCCAAGCGGCAGACACCCCAAGACCUAUUUCCUCUUUCUAAUUCAAUGGAACGUGCGACAUCCACCAACUGA